UCAAGAUCCAAGGGGGGGAAACGCGCAGCACGCAAAGCUGGAGGACACGCGCGCCCAGACUUCAGGAAAAGCUUGGGAUAUAAAAACCGACCUGUCCUUUUUGGGCUAUUUUAAGAAAAAGUAUCAAGAUCGGUUUUGGUCAAGAAAACAAGUGAGAGAAUAUGGACGCACAGAAAGCGACUGAGGUGGAGAUAAAAGAGCUCACUUCGGCAGAAGUAAAAUAUUAUAGAGAUGAGAAAGACAAAGUGGAAGAAACAAAGGAUGUUGUCAGGAAACUUAAACUGCACAAGAGGAUUUCUGUUUUUUUCCUGGUUCUCACUUUGCUCCUACUGGCUGUGGUUCUUGUUCUGGCUAUAAAGUUAAAUGAAAGUAAGUCCAUCCAGAAGUGCCCAGAUCCCCCUGCUGAAGAGAAGAAGCCCAGUCAUCCUGUGAGCCAAGGAAAUCAGUGCUCUGGGUGUGGGAAGGACUGGUAUAAGACGAACACCUCCUGCUACUUGUUUGUUAGGGAACGUCUAAACUGGACUCAGAGCAGGGAGGAGUGUCAGAAACAGGGCGCUGACCUGGUUGUCAUCAACAAUGAAAAAUUGCAGAAUUUUCUAUGGAAAUAUACAGGCCUGAUGUACUGGAUUGGACUGCAUUAUUCAGAAAAUAAGUGGAUGUGGGUUAACAAUACCGCACUAACCAAGAGUAACAGCUACUGGGCCCGCGGGCAGCCAAAUCCAGUUGCUCAGGGUUCCUGCGCACUGCUAAAAGGAAAGUGGCCAAACAAUCACAACUGGCAUGUAAACCCCUGUGACAAGACCUCACAUUACAUCUGCCAGAAACGUUUUGAAGUGGAUGAAUGAUCAACUAUAACCAUCACAUAAAUCUGCUACAUUAGCUUUUUUUAUCAUCUUUGUACUUCUUCACUUAUCUUUUACAAUAGCAGUUUAUAAAGAGCAACAAAUACAGAAUCCGUAUAUGAAACAAUGAUGUUCCAUGACACACAGUCAAGUGAACAGAGUGAGAAAAUAACGUUUGCUAAUUGUAAUUGUUGAAAGUGACAAAAUUUGCACUAAAAUGUUUGCUGAAUGUAUUACAAAACUAAAUGUAUGUAAGUCACUGCCUUUUUUAUAGGCAACAAAUAUUGUACUUUUUACAGGAAGUAAAUGUUAAAUAUAUUUUUGUUUCUUCUUAAACCAAUAUUCACUAAAUAAAAUACUG